AUGACCGACCCUACCUACACCGUCUUCAUCCGGGUGCCCAUGCCCCGUGGCGACUUUGUAGAUCCGCCGCCGGUUAACUGGGACUCCAACAAAGACGAGGCGCUCUGGAAGAUCUUGUCGGGGGCAGCCAAGAAGGAAAUUGAUUGUAUUGCCGAUCGCUUCGAGGUCACCGUCGAUUUCCUUCUACAACAGGUCGCCUAUCUCACUGAACGACAUGCCUCCCAAGUCCGCGCCCAAGUUCGAAAGGCUACUGCCGCCGUCAGAGGUUCGGCCGCCCCGUCACCCAUCCCUAGUGACUCGGCUGGACUAGGCCAUCAGCGAGCGCCGUCGUCCCUCUCCAUGCGAAGAGACUCGCCCAUGCCGCGCAACGAGCAUGGAAGCGGCACCGGAACGCCCCUCCAAUCAUCGAUGCGACCAAUCGUCUCGCGAAAUCCUUCAACUAACACCACAGUGCUGCGAGACAUGAUGGGAGGGUCAGCAUCACCCCGGCCGGGUAUGGCAGUUACAGGCCGUAGCGGAGAACAUCGUCGGCGGCUAUCAUCGUUACCCAUCACUUCGAACACGACCAAGUCUCCCGAGAGGGAGCCGCAACAAGCACCCUCGCCCGCACUGCGGGACCGGAGCCCAUCACCAGGCCCGGCUGAAGAUAGCUCCACGGCGACUUCGGACGACGAAUCCAGUCCCGCCCAGUCCCGUAUUAUUCGUCGCCCUCCCCGCUUUCAGCAACAUGACGCAGCGCCGCCCUACGAUGACGACGAAGACGAUGAAUCUGAGCCCGCAUUUCAACCGUACAAGGCCCCAGACCAGGCGUCGGCGGGUGACCUGGGAUCAACACUCAAGGGCGACGGCCGCGGCUCGUCCAAGAGGCUCCCGAGGAGUCUGGGCAAGGGUGCCAUACACAAAUCUCAGACGUCCGACUCUUCAGCCAGCUCUGCAGCGAUGGUUCAGAGGCCAGGUAAGUCGCGCGAGCAACGCCAACCAGGUCCUCUGUCUCCCCGUCGCGCCGAGCUCGCUGCUCAGAGCCCAGGCAGCAAGAGUAGGGGCUAUUCUCGCGAAGGUAGUGACGGAACGCCCAGCAUGGGCAGUAGUUUCAGUGAUCUCGAUGGUAUGGUAGCCAUGCCGAUCGCCAUGUUUCGCCGUCACUGGUCUGGCCUCCCCAAGGACGCCUCUUUUCCCUCCGACCUCGCCGGCCUUGGGUAUUUCGUCAACAGUGACGAUGAAAUUCGCUCUAUUGAGAACCCGAACUGCUACUUCAAGUUCUUCACCAGCCGCAACACACGGGUCAAUGAGCGCCAGCGUUUUGCGUUCAACGGAGCUAUGGAAAAGAUCAUACACGACCGUCUCGAGAAGGAAGGCCUUCAGAAAACAACUCUCCCCCUGGAAGCCUCUCGCUCGCAGAACCACGUUCCGAUUUUCAUAUCCCCUGACCUCGCCUCGUGUUCCCGCAUCGUCGUCAUCUUCGGUGAGCCAACCCAAGACCUCGGCAUGCUGGCUGGUCGCAUUGCCAACGGUCCCGGCGGGCUCGCAAAGGGCAGCAUGAUCUCUAUCGUCCGCGCACUCCACCAGCAGACUGCUUCGCCCACCGACGCAUCCCCGCCAGGUAUCGUACUUGCGAACAUGGGCCAGAGGUACUGGUGGCCCGAGGGACAGCGUGCUCUCACUAUGUCUGCGAGUGUAGAUACACCGCUGCCAAGUUUGGUUCAUUCAGGAACGCGGCAUAUCCCUUCUUUGAACGACAUCCCUGGUUGCGAAAGCCCACUUCGACACAUGGCGACCGUCUUCCAGGAUAUUCUCGCCAGAAUUCCGGAGUGCACGGCCAAAAUCGACUUGAUUGCACUGGGAGAGAGCUGCGAAGUCGUUGAGAACUACUUUGAUGACCAGAAGAAUUGGGAUUCGUGGGGUCACAGACUCAACUCCAUGGUAUUGCUUGGUACCGUUUUCGAAACGGACAAGCUCGCCAACGAGGCGUUUAAGGAAUUUCUUGCCCAGCGUACGCGAGGCUACCUUGUCUCCGAAGAACCAUUGGACACGCCCCUUGCACCCCCCGAAGGCAAUGCAUCUCUCUACAUCGAGAACCUCGGCUGUCCCUGCUACUCCUCUUCCGAGCCACACUACGCCGAGCUCAUCGCCAUUCGUGCUUUUGGACCUAUCCUUGGCUACAUUCAGGAGGUUGCCAUGACCCCUGGCUUCACCAACCCACCCAUCAGUGUCAUCGAGCGCCCCAAGGCCGACUUCACCGACAGCGACUGGCAGAACCUGCCGGACGAGAACAAACCAUCGAUCAUUCAGAUUGACCCAGAGAUCAUGAAGAGGGAGGUUAAGCAGGCGAGAAGAUGGAGACGGUUUGAACAGACGGGAGAGGCGCCAAAUUCAGAUUCAGAGGACGAAGAUGAAGCCAAGGAUGCCCAGCAAGGUGAUAAGUCGGUAAGAGAUGAGAACGCCCCCUGGUAA